CAGAUUAGUAUAGAGCAUGCGCUAGAAAAGACACUUCAAACAGAAACGAACUAAGAAUUAUCAGUUCCCGAUAGGUCGCUGUAACGGAAACCUAUACAUGGAUUUGACUCGAGUUUCCUACGUGGAUUAUAUUUACGGAUGGAAUCGUCACAUUAUGAAGAUAUUCGGGAUCUGGCCAGAAGAAAGAAAAUACAAUCGAGCAUCGAGCUACGUGGUUCUAAUACCGCUCACCAUGAUGUUACUGUUCCUUGGGAUACCACAAACGAUAGAUCUCUAUUUCAUAUGGGGUGAUAUCGACUUGAUCGCUGAAAACUUGUCACUGGGAAACAUGACCGUCUUACUCGCGAUCUUGAAGACGAUUAUCUUUUGGUUCAGUGGAAGAUCCAUUAGUGUUCUACUGUCAAAUAUGGAAGAAGAUCGAAAAAAUGCGAAAAGCAAGGAGGAAGCGAAAAGAAUGACCAACAUUGCCAAAAUUUGCAGACACGUAUCUCUCGCGUGUAUUAUCACAAGUAAAAUACUUAUUAUUCUUUUCGUUAUUCUACAUUUUAUUCUAGUUCGUUUCGUCGGCCGUACUCUCAUAUUGCGCUCUUAUUUUCCGUACGACAUACAACCUACGCCGAUUUACGAGCUGACCGUAUUCGCUCAAACGGUGGCUGCGUACUGCACAAGCGGGACUUACACUACCGUAGAUACUUUUGUGGUUACUUUAAUAUUUCACGUGUGCGGACAAUAUGAAAAUUUGAAACAACGCCUACGUAAUUUGCCCUCUCAAAGAGGUAACGACUUCAAAGCGGAACUCUCUCAAAUCGUUAAAAAACACGAUUCUUUAAACAGAUUCGCCGACACGAUCGAGGGACAAUUUAACGAUAUGCUACUAUUGCAAAUGCUCGGUUGUACGAUACAACUUUGCGUCACAUGCUUUCUAGUGAUAUUGUCCAUCGGAAGAAAUAACGAAAUGAUUUUAAUUCAACUGACUUUCUUUGUAACCUUUAUAACAUACAUCUUGCUACAAAUAUAUUUAUAUUGUUAUACAGGCGAGAAACUUCUUUCCGAGAGCAAAGGAAUCACCGAUGCCGUUUACGAAUGUCCGUGGUACGAUUUAUCGCCAAACGAAGCUAGAUCGCUCAUGAUAAUAAUGUUACGAGCACGAAUCCCAUUGCACAUAACAGCUGGCAAAUUUUGUCCAUUUAGUCAUAACCUUUUUAGCAACAUUCUAAAAACAUCGAUGAGUUACUUGUCGGUACUCUACGCGACGAAUUCGUAAAUACGGAAUGAAAUGUGCAAAUGUAUUUAAAUAUAUUAUUAAACGUUCAACAUUAGUAAUGUAAUGCAAACCACACUUUCAUUCAUCGUUGUUAGAAAAUAAUUCAUUUUAUUUUAUUAAACCGGUCAGGAUCUUUAAUAUUUAUCAAUUGCAUCAUUUUUACGUGCUGACAAAUUAAUUCCCAUUCGAUGUUUGAAUUUUAUCAAUAUCAAAUA